AGGAAUGUCAAGCUUGUCUCCAAAUCUAAAAAAGAAAAGUCACAAGGAAGUAACUUUUUUCAGCGUUCACGCAAUGCUAUAAUGGGAGCUGCAGGUGCUGUACGUCGAGUUGCAACAAAGGGGGCAGGGGCAUUUGCAGAAGAUAAUAGGAAAAUAGAGGCCCUUGUGCUUGCAUCCGAUGGGAUGAUUUGGAGUGGAUGUUCAAAUGGCUUACUUGUGCAGUGGGAUGGAAAUGGCAAUCGUUUGCAAGAUUUCCAUCAUCAUCCUUGCGCUGUUCUUUGCUUAUGUGCUCAUGGUUCUUUAAUAUGGGUUGGCUAUGUAAGUGGUAUGGUACAGGUCCUGGACCUUGAAGGGAACUUGCUAGCUGGUUGGGUUGCUCACAGCGGGCCUGUAAUAAAAUUGGCAGUCGGGGAUGACUAUGUUUUUAGCUUAGCUAAUCAUGGAGGUAUACGUGGAUGGGCCCUCGCCACUCCAGGACCUAUUGAUAACAUAUUACUAUCAGAAAGAGCUGAGAAAAAAUAUUUAUACACCAGACAAGAUAAUUUUAGGAUUUUGGUAGGUACGUGGAACGUUGGUGAAGGAAAAGCGUCACAGGAAGCACUGGCAACUUGGCUGGGUUCUGCAAUUUUGGAUGUUGGGAUUGUAGUAAUUGGUUUGCAAGAAGUAGAAAUGGGAGCAGGGUUUCUUGCAAUGUCUGCUGCAAAAGAAACUGUAGGACUAGAAGGAACUUCUAGUGGGCAAUGGUGGCAGGAUGCAAUAGGAAAAACUUUGGACGAAGGAUCAACUUUCGAAAGGGUAGGAUCAAGGCAACUAGCUGGCUUGCUUAUUGCUAUCUGGGUGAGAAAAACUCUUAGAGCACAUGUCGGGGACCUUGACGUUGCGGCAGUUGCAUGUGGUUUAGGACGUGCAUUUGGUAAUAAGGGUGGAGUUGGUCUGCGGUUAAGAGUACUUGAUCGGAUUAUGUGCUUUGUGAACUGUCACUUCGCAGCACAUUUAGAAGCAGUCAACCGCCGCAAUGCUGAUUUUGACCAUAUAUAUAGAACAAUGGCUUUCACUCGAUCUUCUAACCUUCUGGACAAUGCUGCUGCUGGUGUUUCAUCUGCUGCUCAAAUGCUUCGUGGUACAGAUGCUGCAGCAAUUAGUCCUGAUGAGGAAAAGCCUGACCUUGCUGAAGCUGAUAUGGUGAUUUUCUGUGGUGAUCUUAAUUAUCGUCUUUUUGGAAUAUCUUAUGACGAAGCAAGGGACUUUGUCUCGCAAAGAUGCUUUGAAUGGCUUAGAGAGAAAGAUCAAUUAAGAGCAGAAAUGAAAGCUGGCAAAGUCUUCCAAGGGAUGCGUGAAGCAAUCAUCAAAUUUCCUCCAACUUACAAAUUUGAAAAGGGGAAACCAGGAUUAGGAGGAUAUGAUUCUGGGGAGAAGAAACGAAUUCCAGCUUGGUGUGACCGAGUGCUGUAUCGAGAUAGCCGGGUAGCUCCUUCUAUGGAGUGCAGUUUAGGGUGCCCUGUAGUUGCCUCCAUUUUACAGUAUGAUGCUUGCAUGGAAGUGACCGAAAGUGAUCAUAAGCCCGUAAGAUGCAAAUUUAACAUUGAAGUUGCCCAUCUUGAUAGAUCAGUAAGGAGACAAGAGUUUGGGAAGAUUUUCCGGUAUAAUGAUAAAAUCAGGUCUUUAUUGGCAGAACUGCGUUAUUUACCUGAAGUAGCUGUCAGCACCAGCCAGAUAUUUCUUCAGAAUCAAGAAGCAUUCAGCUUAAUAAUUACCAACAGAAGCAGACAAGAUAAUGCUUUCUUCCAAAUCACUUGCCAAGGUCAAUUAGCUAUCAACGAGGACAAGCAAAAAUCAGAGAAUCGUCCCAAAGGCUCUUUUGGCUUUCCCCGUUGGCUUGAGGUCACACCUGCGGCUGGCAUGAUCAAAUCUGAUCAAGAUGUUGAGAUCUUGGUACGUCAAGAAGAUUUUUAUAAUACAGAAGAUACUGCAGAUGGUAUUCCACCAAGAAAAUGGUCUGAGGACACGAGAGAAAAGGAGGUGAUUUUGAUGAUCAAUGUGAAAGCCAGUCGCUCAACUGAGGUGAGAACACAUCAAGUACACCUCCGCUGCAGUUUCUCAGCUAAUGCAGUAUGCAUGAUUUCAAGAAGCAGUUCCAGAGGAAAUGAAGGGAGCUCCCACCAAAGGUCAAACAGUUCCAGAAGAAAUGAAGGGAGCUCUCACCACAGGUCAAACAGCUCGAAAAGAAAUGAAGGGAGCUCGCACCACAAGUCAAACAGUUCCAGAAGAAAUGAAGGGAGCUCUCACCACAGGUCAAACAGCUCGAAAAGAAAUGAAGGGAGCUCGCACCACAAGUCAAACAGUUCCAGAAGAAAUGAAGGGAGCUCUCACCACAGGUCAAACAGCUCGAAAAGAAAUGAAGGGAGCUCGCACCACAAGUCAAACAGUUCCAGAAGAAAUGAAGGGAGCUCCCAUCACAGGUCUGCUCUUCAACAUGUGGGGAGUGCGUCUGACAUGAUGAAUGACCAUCAAGGCUUUCAUCGUACCUGAUAUCUGCAUGAAAGCCUAUAAACAAAAACAAAACAAUUGUACCACAAGGGGGUUCCAAGCUAUAUUCUCUGAUGUAAAAGGUUGGGGUCCCUUUGCUGACAAUACGUGAUAGAUCUAGAUGUAUAUACUCAUAAGAUGAUUAGUGAGGAGCUUGGUAUCCAGCUCAGAAAUCUGGGCAUAGAGUAUUCAUUCCCUCUUCCAUUUUUGCAGUAGAACUAAGUUCCUAGAUUUUUUAUUGUUACUUUUAUCGCAAAAUUAUAUGAUAAAUUUUGCAUUUUUGAUCAGUCAAAAGCUGUUUAUGGU